AACAGCAAUCCCCACCUCAACAAUUUGGCUCCCCCCACUUUCCCAGGGGAAACUGGGGGACCCUCUAAGGCGGUGUUUGCAGAGUCCCCUCCCAGCAGGAGCCACAGGGUUGCACGUGAGCUGCCAGAUCAGUCUCCUCCCCAGGACAUCCCCAGGGGCGGCGGCUCCUCCUGCUGCGGGAGAGGUGGGGCCUAGUGGUUCAGGGCCCUCGGACGCUCAGAGGCGCAAGGCUGAGCCAUGGGAAGGAAGCGCGACGCCAUCCUGGAGGUGCUGGAGAACCUGACCCCGGAGGAGCUCAAGAAGUUCAAGAUGAAGCUGGGGACGGUGCCGCUGCGCGAGGGCUUUCACCGCAUCCCGAGGGGCGCGCUUGGGCAGCUGGACAUCGUGGACCUCACUGACAAGCUGGUCGCCUUCUACCGCGAGGACUAUGCAACCGAGUUCGUCGUGACCGUGCUGCUCGACAUGGGCAUGCAGGAGGAGGAGGAGCGGCUGCGAGCCGCGUGGGGGCCACUCCGAGCUGAUAAAGACGGACGAGUUUGGGAGCUCCAGGGCAUAAGCACAGGAUACGGGCCAAGGGAAGGAGCAGUGCAACGCUGGUAAAGCCAGCCCCGCGCGCGCCCCAGUCUCGGAAGACAAUGGCAGUGUCUCCACCUUGGAGACCGGAGACCGAGGACGCCUCCGUGCCUCCGGAUCCCGCCUCCUCCAGCCCUGUACCUGGCGUUUAUUCUUCCACUGACCAAUAAACAUUUAUGGCAGGCUUUC